GUAACAAUACCACUAUGAAGACUAUCGCUCUAUUGAUUGGUGUCUUGACCCUGGCGGCCGCUUCUGUUGAUUUGUCCAAAGUGAAACGCAUUGAGGAGUUGGACGAGUUUUGGGCACAGCUCGAUCCGCAGCUACAGAUGCUACGUCCAACGCAAGCACUCGUGGACAGCAGAAUAGUCAACGGUCAGGAAGCCCAACCAGGACAAUUCCCGUAUCAGGUGUUAACUCUGAAUAUAUUCAAUGGUGGCACUGGUGGCAUAUGCGGAGGCACUCUGUUAUCGCAAAACUUUGUGCUGACUGCUGCCCAUUGUGUUGUAAUCGGUACCGUGGCUAUUAAUGUAACGGUUGUCCUCGGAGCGCAUAACCGACAGCUAGUGGAGGAAACACAGCAGAGAAUCGAUUUCGAAUCAAUCAACGUUCAUCCAGACUAUGAUGCAUUUUUGUUGCGAAACGACAUCGCAACCAUUCGACUGGCCACUCUAGCAGUGUUCAACAAUGUUGUUCAACCGAUCGAUCUCCCGGCACGAUCGGACACUCGCACCUUCGCUGGCCUAAUGGGCACUAUUUCGGGUUUCGGACGAUCAACCGAUGAGACCGGUUCGCCUGCUUCCGAUGUUGUUAGGUAUACCAGCAACCCAAUUAUAACCGUGGCCAAUUGUCAAUCGUUGUGGAACUCCAAUUUAAUUGAUGCACAAAACAUCUGCCUGUCCGGAACUGAUGGUCGUUCGGUGUGCCAUGGUGAUUCCGGUGGCCCGCUAACCAUUCGGGAUAAUGAUCGCAGCCUGCAGGUAGGUAUUGCUUCGUUCGUACACUUUAACGGAUGUGCCUCCGGUUUGCCAUCCGGGUAUGUCCGCAUUACGCACUACCUGACUUGGAUCGGUGAAAAUUCCGAUGUUGUACUGCGAGAUUAGA